AUGCACAGCUGGGCUCUGUGGAGCUUCAUGACUCUUGCUGUGGGCUUUGCGUGGCUCGAUGCAUUAGGCAACGCCAGGACUUCUGAUUCACCUGACCAUCAGGUGCUGCAUUCCGAAGAUCUUUUUGGUUUCAUCGUAACCACGGUGGAACUUGACCAGGAGAUUUGCAACGAGCUGCGGGCACGGAUGGAGGGUCGAGGAGACACUGCCCAACGCAAGCAGCAGACCUUUCUGAUGGAGCAGAUCACAAAGCUGACGGCGCAACUGCCUCUGGUCAUGUCCAAGCGGGGCAUUGCUUGGCCUCCAUCGGACUCGAUCCUUAGUAAGCUGUUUCCACAGGGUGCGCCUUCAGUCAAGACUUUCAAAGAGCUGUACUCGCCGCCUCAAGAGCCAACCUUCGACACGCAGUCGUGGGAUGUGGUGUGCUGCUGCGAGCUCUUGAACUGUGUCAGCCGAACCAUCGAGCUUGGCCCAGAUGAAGUGGUUAUCAGGACAGUGAAAGGUUUAGAUCGGGCUACGAUCACAGAACGAAGACCCUAUGCGCAGAUUGACGAUGUGCAGAAGAACAAAGGUUGUGGUUGCUGCGUCAAUAUGACGGCUGGGGAGCUCCUUCCUGAACCUCUUUCCAAUGGCACUGGAUGCGAUGAUGCGACGAUCACGCAGAUUGUGGAUGAGUUGAAGCGGCGCAUUGAAAUCCGGGGAAACAUAGGGCAGAUGAAGAAACUGGAGGCCAUCAUGGAGAAGGUAGAUGAUCUUCGGCUGUUGAUGACAGUUCUUCAACAUGAGCUUGGCGUUGACACGACAUAUCCACCUUCCCAGAGCGUCAUGUCGCAGCUAUACGGUCAAACACCACUUCUGCCACCCAUCAGGCCCCAUGCGAAGCCUUCCGAGCAGUUCCCCAUGAAGGAGUAUGACGUCACGAACCUUUGUGCGUCAGCUUGCUGCUGCUUCACCCAGAAAGACACUAUUACUUUGGAGCCAGACAAGCAGAUCUAUAAGUCCGUGAACUGCAUUGGCGAUUCGGUCAACAGUAUGCCGUAUGCUCAGAUCAGUUCAGUUGAUGAAGAGCGAGACUGUUGGUGCCUCCGCAGUGUCAAUGGCAUGAUGCCUGGCUGCGGAUGCUCGGGCAACCUGGUUACAGAGGUGGCCACAGAGUUGCAACAACGAAAGGUUGGACGUGGUGACAUUGCGCAACUGAAGAACCAGGAGAACACCAUGCUCAAUGCCCUGGAACUCUCGGUGCGCACGGGGACCGUAUUGAAGAAGGUUGGUGUCCAAUACCCUCCGACUCAAGCAACGAUGUCUGAAGACUAUGGACCGGCCUUCAAGCUCCCGUCGAACAAUGAUGGAUAUCUGGGUGAGGACAAGCAUGUUGGGCCCUCGCGACAGCACGGAGAGAAGGAUUGGGAUGUGACCAACUACUGCGAAUCCUGCUGCAUCUGUGUCUGCUCCUUGGGCCUAGCUGGCUGGCAGUCGGUGAAGCUCCACCUAGGUGAAGAAGAGGUGACGAUGACGAAGAAGAACUGCUGCGGAACCCACACCAUGCGGAUGCCCUACGCGCAGCUGGGCUCCGUGGAUAUGGAGACCUGCUGCUGUGGAAAGUGCUACAAUGUGGAGACAGAUGGGGGUGCAAUCGCGCCAGCAUGUGGUUGCGACAAGGAGAUCACGGAAGCUAUUUCAGAUGAGUUGCAGAAGCGCAAGGUCACGCGCGGCAACAUCGCCCAGGUGCAAAUGCAGGAGAAUCUGAUGAUCGAGGUCAUCAAGAUGAAUGUUCAACUUGAUCAGCUGGCCAAGAAGGAGAACGUCGCCUAUCCACCAGACCAGGCAACCAUGGAGAAGGCACCAAGUUUGCUGCCUUUGUGGUCUUAG